AUGUUCCAACGAACCAUCCUCAGACAGGCUCAGGCCGCCCGCUCAAUCCUCUCCACUUCCUCUCCCUCUAUCGCAUCGCUGGCGCUGCGACGGACAACACAACAACGUCUGCCGGCCCUCCGGGCAUUCGCGCCCCAGACUACUCGCUUCUACUCCACGGAGAAGGAGGCUGAGACUGCCGAGGCUGAAUCCGAGGACUCCGAUGCUAAGAAGCUCGAAGCAAAGGACCGCGAAAUCAUUGAGCUGAAGGACAAGUACCUUCGCGCAGUCGCGGAAUCCCGCAACCAGAUUGAACGCAACAAGCGUGACAUGGAUGGCGCCCGCAAAUUCGCCAUCCAGGGCUUCGCCAAGGAUCUCCUUGACAGCAUUGACAACUUUGACCGCGCUCUGCUGGCCGUGCCCAAGGAACAGCUCUCCGCUCCCAAGACUGAAGACAACAAGGCUCUCCACGAGCUCGUCGAAGGUCUUAACAUGACCCAGAGCAUUCUCCUCAACACCCUCCAGAAGCACGGCCUUGAGCGCUUCGAUCCCGCCGAGCUGGUCGAAGGCAAGCCCCAGAAGUUCGAUGCCAACCUGCACGAGGCCACGUUCAUGGCCCCCUCCCCCAAUCACGAGGACGGUGAUGUUAUGCAUGUUCAGAGCAAGGGCUUCCGUCUUAACGGCCGCGUUCUGCGGGCUGCCAAGGUUGGUGUUGUCAAGAACGCCUAA